CAGGUUUGCUCAGACGUGCGCUCCAUACUCAUUCAAAGGUUGUUCUCACCUUCAGUUUCAGCACAAGGAUUGUAGCACAUGAGGAACAUGAGCGGCAAACUGCUUUUGGUAGUCUUUUCCACUCUACUGCUCACGGCAUACAGUGAUGACCAGUCAUUUAAUGAUGAUCCAAAGCUCAAGAUACCACAGCCGUACGUCUGGAUGAAGUCCAUCGACGACAACAAGUUGCUCACCACCAUCACCAUCCCUGGCACCCAUGAUACCAUGGCCCUUCAUGGCCCUCCUAAGCCCAUAGACUACGCCACCUGCCAGGCAUGGGCACUGGAAGACCAACUCAAGGCCGGCAUACGCUAUCUAGACCUCAGGGUCAACAAGAACCUUGAAAUUGUGCACGGAAUCAUUCCGCAAAAAGUCACGUUCCCUGAAGUGUUGAACAUUGUGCAGAGUUUUCUAAACCAACACAAGAGUGAGGGGGUUUUGAUGAGGGUGAAGCCAGAGGGCAACAACAAAGACAAGAGCAGCGUUCAAACGCAAAUCCAAAAUGUCAUUAAAGGCCAUCAAAACAUCUGGGUCAAGUCAGACAUACCGACCAUGGGCGAGGCGAGAGGCAAGGUUAUUCUCUUACAGAAAAAUGAAUUCACGCUAGGCGUUCCGACUUUUGGCACUGAUGGGCCUGAUGAUUACAUAGUGACAGACCUGGACGCUAAAAAGAGGAAAAUUAAGCAGCAUCUGGCUGAGGCUGCUGGGAAAUGCGGUUUUAAGCAGGUGGUCCUGUCUUACUCAAGUGGCACUGGUCUACCCAAACUUAAACCUUUAACACCAAGAAAAAUAGCGAAAGACGUAAACCCUUGGUUAAAUGGUCACCUGAAAGAACUUCAUGCUCCCUGUUAUGGAGUCAUUGCCAUGGAUUUCCCUGGCCUUGACCUCAUCAAAACAACAGCGGAGAAGAAUAUACAGAAGAUUACAAAGACCAAGAAGAAUAUGAUUUUUUCUAUGUGAAGCAAUGCAAAAAGAAGAUGAUCUUUGUCAGUGAGUGUGAUGCAUAGAUACAAAUCCUUUUGCAUGUACUGUACAAUCCCACCAAAUUGAUGUUUCUCAUGUUUAUCAUUGUAUUGAGCAAUGGAAAGAUACCAUUGAAAGUCAUGUCAGACACCUCAUGUCAGUGGUGAACAUAAUAAAGUGUAGU